AUGCUGCUGUGUUCACUUCCUCUCCUCUCCAGCUCAGCGCUCAGCCUGGUCCAUAAGCUCACACUGCAGCCACAUGGGAGCUCCGUCACCAGGAUGGUGGACUGGAGCGUUAGCACUUUACGCAUUCUGCCACACAUUCAGCAUGGCCGUGUUCCCGUCAUCUCUAGUUCCUGCUGCUGUAGUUCCUGCUGCUGUAGUUCUUGUAGUUCCUGUUGUAGAUCCUGCUGUAGUUCUUGUUGUAGUUCUUGUUGUACUAGUUCCUGCUGCUGUAGUUCCUGCUGCUGUAGUUCCUGCUGCUGUAGUUCCUGCUGCUGUAGUUCCUGCUGCUGUAGUUCCUGCUGCUGUAGUUCCUGCUGCUGUAGUUCCUGCUGCUGUAGUUCCUGUAGUUCCUGUUGUAGAUCCUGCUAUAGUUCUUGUUGUAGUUCUUGCUGUAGGUCUUGUUGUAGUUCCUGCUGUAGUUCCUGCUGUAGUUCCUGCUGUAGUUCUUGUUGUAGUUCUUGUUGUAGUUCUUGCUGUAGGUCUUGCUGUAGUUCUGUAUAACAGAGAUGUGGUAGACUAGUGGUUAAGGUGUUAAAUACUGACCAGAAGGUCUUGAGUUCGAAUCCCACGUCCACCAAGCUGCCACUGCUGGGCCCCUGAGCAAGGCCCUUAACCCUUAAUUGCUCAGUUUUAUAAAUUUAAAUAAAAUUGAGUCACUCUGGAUAAGCAUGUUUGCUAAAUGCUGUAAAUGUAAUAGAUAAAUAGCUGAAUAAAUCAGAUCAAUGCAGGAUUUUACAUUCUGGUCUUUUCCUAAAGCUCAUUCAGUGUCAUAUGUUUGUAGUUAAUUUUUUGCCCCUCUUGCCCUUGACUUGUCAUCAGGGCUCUAAAUCGAUCCAGUUUCUGUAAAGCUGCCUUAUGGCAAUAUAUCAAUGUAAAUCAAAUGUAAAUAGUAUUAAAUAGCACAUCUAAUACUUGUUAGACAAAACAAUAUUUACAUUUACAUUUGUUGCUCGUCAGUAAAAGAGUCCCAUUUUCUUGUG